CGGUGCUCUCUGCUCUGAGGCACAUUUAACUGUGAAGUUUGCAGCGGGAGAGGCUUUCCUUCAAGCUGUUAGUGUUUUAUCCUGGCAGGCUCCUCGAGGUUGUUGUGAGGAGUCUAGCCAGUUGGUGAGCUUUGUAAUCUAAACCAGCUGUCCCAGGCUGAGGCCCCCAUUUGCAUUGUUUAACAUACUUAGAAAAUGAAGUGUUCAUUUUUAACAUUCCUCCUCCAAUUGGUUUAAUGCUGAAUUACAGAAGAGAACUAAGCAAAACCAGGUGCUUUCUCUGUAUUCUCUCCAGUGUCUGAGGAGGUACAGACGGCUCCCGAUCUUCUCCAUUACUUGCAAUUUCAUUCUUUGGACUAUAAAUGACUGAGGAACUGAAGUGUUAGCAGAGGGUAAUGUUUGGAAAAACUUUCUAGUUAUUCAUCAGCACAGGCUCUGGUUUUUUUCCACCUUUCCCCGACGGUUUUGGACAUGCAAGGAUUAAAAAGGAUACUGACUGCUUUCACACUGGCCGUCUGCCUUUCAAGCCCUGGAAAAGCACAGCAACAAUGCACUAAUGGGUUUGACCUGGAUCGUGCCUCUGGGCAAUGCUUAGAUAUUGAUGAAUGUCGGACUAUUCCUGAGGCCUGCAGAGGAGAUAUGGUGUGUGUCAAUCAGAAUGGUGGCUAUUUAUGCGUACCCCGAACAAACCCAGUGUAUCGAUCACCAUAUCUGAAUCCUUAUUCAAAUAUUUAUCCACCGCCCCCAGCACCAGGCCCCGUUCCUAACUACCCUACUGUUACAAGACCUCUGAUCUGUCGAUUUGGUUACCAGUUGGAUGAAAACAAUCAGUGUGUUGAUGUGGAUGAGUGCGCUUCAGAUUCCCACCAGUGUAACCCCACCCAGAUCUGCAUAAAUACUGAGGGGGGCUAUACCUGUUCCUGCACUGAAGGCUACUGGCUGUUAGAAGGCCAGUGUUUAGAUAUAGAUGAAUGUCGCUAUGGCUACUGCCAGCAACUGUGCGCCAAUGUGCCCGGUUCCUACUCCUGUACGUGCAACCCAGGCUUUACCCUUAAUGAUGACGGAAGAUCAUGCCAAGAUGUGAAUGAAUGUACAAACGAAAACCCUUGCACUCAGACCUGCGUCAAUACCUACGGCUCUUUUCUCUGCCGCUGUGAACCUGGCUAUGAACUGGAAGCUGAUGGAGUUAACUGCAGUGACAUGGAUGAAUGCAGCUUCUCAGAGUUCCUCUGCCAGCACGAAUGUGUGAAUGGGCCUGGUUCUUACUACUGUAUCUGUCCUUCAGGCUAUAACUUGCUUGACGAUAGCAGAAGCUGCCAAGAUAUCAAUGAAUGUGAAACCAGAAACUUCACCUGCACUCUGCAGCAAACGUGUUUCAAUAUCCCAGGAGACUAUAAAUGUUUAGACCCAGUAAGAUGCGAGGAUCCUUAUAUCCAGAUUAAUGAAAACCGCUGCAUGUGUCCAGCUGAAAACACCGGUUGCAGAGAUCAGCCUUUCACCAUCUUGUACAGAGUGAUGGAUAUGGUGUCUGGGCGUUCUGUGCCUUCUGACAUUUUUCAGAUGCAAGCAACAACUCGCUACCCUGGAGCCUAUUACAUCUUCCAAAUCAAAUCAGGGAACGAGGGCAGGGAAUUCUACAUGCGGCAAACAGGACCGAUCAGUGCUACUCUGGUGAUGACCCGCCCUGUGAAGGGGCCCCGUACUAUUCAGUUGGACUUGGAAAUGAUCACUGUUAACACCGUUAUCAACUUCAGAGGAAGCUCUGUCAUCCGGCUGAGGAUAUACGUAUCACAGUACUCCUUCUAAACCUUGAGUUUGUGCCCUGGAAACAUUAAAACAAAAGAGACGGUUCCUCCUCUGCAGAACUCUCUCCUCAGAAGCCAGUACGUAUAGCAGCUCCAAACCAAAUCAGUAUUUCCACAGACCCGGUGGCCUAUGCCUGUCUGAGGAGGGAGGCCUCUUCAUGCACAGUCCCUGUCAGGAUGCAGACAUCUGAAGAUGUAUUGUCAGCAGAUCCCAUAUGAUUCUCUAUGUGGUCAUAUAUUUUAAGGACUCUUCUUUCCAUUGUAAACACUUCUAGGGUAUGAGUCUAUGUUUGAAAGACUGUGAACCUUUGUAGCUCCAAGGCUGCUUAGCAAAAAGCACCAAAGAAACUGAGGAAAAAGCUGGCUUUUGCAAUCUUGCCUUUUUUUUUUUUUUUUCAUUAUAAAUGGAAAGCAGACAAACAAGCAGAAACAGAAACCAAAAGCCACCUAUUGAAACAAGGGAUCUCAGAAGUGCUAACUUACAUUCCCAAUUAUCUCUGGAAUUAUCAGUCAGGCACUUUGUCUCAAUUCACCCUGCAUUUGUCUUAGUUUCACCCGUUUUUUUCUUUGAUUCUAUUUUAUAGUUAAAAUUCAUUGUAAAUUCAUUCCAAAAUACAUGUUGUACUAUGUAAUCUUUUACUUUCUAACAAAGUGUCACGUGUUUGGGUUCCUUCCUGUAUUAAAUCUUUCUAUAUAACAGAGUUCAUAGAAAUCUAUCACUGGAUGGUAUGUUUUACAAUAUUUAGGAUGUUAUGCUUAUUUACACCCAGGCUCUUUGACACAGGCCUCCACUGCCAGAAUAGUGGCCAGGGACUUUAAAGCAGACAAGAAUCAGAACUUUAUUUUUUCCUGUUUUCCUGAGUGUGAUAGUUGCAAACAGUUUGUAAUGGUUAUAAGGUAGUGAUACUAACUCUGUAGUUAAGGCUGCAACUAAUCUCCUGUUUAAAGACCACUCAGCUCAGACCUGUCCAAAUUCCUUCAGAAAAAAUGAAUUGUUCCGUUCACGCGCAGUCUCUCUCCUACAUUGCUAACAUUGGGAAAAAUAAGCUGAAAAGGACUUGGACCAGUCUUAUCAUUCAUGCCUCUGCCACAAAGCAGACCCCACUAUACCAGUACCCAGCCCUCAAAUGAUGGGAUCCUACAGUUUCCAUAGGCAAUGUCUUCUCAGGUAUAACUGCUGUAACCGAUAGAAAGUUUCUCCUGAAGUCUAAUCUGACUCUCUGCUGUUGUAAUUUAAAUCCAUUGCUUUUUACCAUACUUCCAGUAGAAAUAGAGAACAGUUUGUCUCCCCCUUUGCAGCAGUCUUUAACAUGUCUGAAGACUGUUGUCAUGUCUCCCCUCAGACUGUUCCUUUCUAGUCUAAACAAACCCAAUUCUUUUGGUCUUUCCUCAUACAUCGCAUUUUCUGGACCUUUGAUCAUUCUUGUUCCUCUCAUCUGGAUUCUCUCCAGUUGGUUCACAUCUUUCUUGAAGUGCAGUGCCCAAAACUGUGAAAAAUAUUCCAGCUGAGGCCUCACAGUGCAAAGCUAAAUCUAUAUAUAUGUUUAGGAGUUUGAAAAAAAAAAAUUGUAUAGUUUGGAGGUAUAAUGCUUACCUUGUUGAAGCCACUGGCAGUUUGGUCUUUUAUUUUAGUAGGGAUGAGGGUUCAUAUGCCUUGUUCUUAAAUUUCUCUGAAGCAAGUUCUUUUGCUUCUUCCCCCGCUUUUUCCUUAUUGGCUUAUUUGCUCUCCAGCAUUGCUAGGGCAGGAAAGACAACCUUUGCUUCAUCUUUUUGACAACUGGAAGUGCUUAAUGCUACUUGGGAAAAGAAGUUUAUGAAGAUUAUAAUGCAAGCAGGCUGGAGCAGAGUAGAAGCAUUAUGUGAGGUCUUCAUUAAAGUGAAGUAUUAAAUGGGAGAUUACAGACUCAGAAAGUUAUCACAACACGGACUGCAUGACACAAUCAGAAAAUUGACUCUCUUCUUCCUAAUAAGCUUUGUGAGUUAGUCUAGGGUUGGUUUUCCCUAGCUUUAAUAGAGACUCUGCUCUUUUUACUUGUACUCAGCUUGAAGGAAGUCCUGAUGCAAUGGCUCACAGCAAUGAAAUGCUGAGUUGAGUGUGAUUUAGCAGCUUUCAUGUCUUAAUGGUUUAGUUUUCUCUGUGCUGCUACAACGUCCUGGGAUCCUGUGCCUCAGAGCUCUGUAUGCAGGCUGUCCUUUAUUGUAAAAACAAAAAGGCUGGAGCCUGACUCCAGGGUUUAGUGGGCCAAGGUGAAGGCAGGGAGCCAACAAGUUUUGUGAGUAGCUGACUUGGAGGAGAUAAAUGUAGAGGAAAUGUGCAGGGAAAUAUCAGAAACAAGAAUGUGUUUCCUGAGUGUAUCAUGGCUCAUCAUAUACCACAGUCUUGGAGGGGAAAAUAGAGAUGACCAGGAAGGAGGAAUGCUAGUUUAUAACCAUGGGGCUAAAAGUGCUUAUGUGUCCCAGACAAUGGAAGUGAGACAUGGGAAACAAGCAGGCUCUGGUGGCCCAGAGAGGAGACAAGAGGCAGGCAGGGUCUUGCAUUAAAGAUGCUAAACUCUUAACAUACUGAAAGUUUUGCCACUGCUUAAAAGCCCCUUUUUGCCCCUUUUGUGCCCCUGUGUUAUGGCUUCUUCAUGCCCAAUUGAGGAGUCCUCUCUCUUCCUGCCAUCACAUCACCUCCUGGAGAGGAAGUGCACCCUGUUAGACAUCAGACAGUUUCUCACUUCUGGGCUGUUCUCCCAUGGCCCCCACAUACCAACCUGAUUUAACCCUAAUUUAGAAACAUCAAAACCCAGAGGAAUUCCAUAACAAAACACUUUGUUAAAAGAGUAAAGCUUGAAUGCUUGGUUUUAGCAGGGUCCAGCAAAUACUCAUAAAACAAUAUUACACUUUCUAUAUAAACAUUCUGCGCCUUAAAAAAAAAAGUGAAAAGUCUGGAAACAAAGGAAUUCAGCCACUUCUCAACCGCCAUAACAUCUUUCAUCACUCACUAUCACUCCAGCCAACUUUAACUUUGCCAAAAUAUAUGCCAAUCUCAAAAUAAUAAAUUAUUAGCAGUUUAUAACAUCUAAACUCUCCAUUUCCUAGUCAGGGGUCUGUUUCCAAUAGACCAUCACAGGCUCGUAUAGUACAGCAGUUCUCACCAAAUAAAAAAAAGGACUGUGCAUGUCAGGUUUUUACAGCAUGAAAGUUAAAAAUGCAAUCUUGCAACUGCUGUAUAUGUUCAUUUUCUCCUUUGAGGCCAAGCCUCCCUACAAGCAGACAGAAUUCCAGGUCUGCUCAGAAAAUGAUUCUUUAUUCUAACCUACUGCAGAGGAUUUUCUAACACAAAGAGUUUUACCAUAUGGUUAAUAGACAAUAUUCUGGCCAGCACGAGAUGAGGGCACUGACCAUGGUCUGGGUAUGUGUGGCUUCCCUCGGGCUCUGCUCUGACAUGCUCCUUGCCCAGGGUGGCACAGCUGUUCCCUGGCCGAGCUGGGGAGGGACAGCUCUUUGCCUCUCCUGCAUGUCGGCUGUCAUGUCUGUUUAAAUGAGGGCCCUCGGGAGAAAGACUGCCUCUCACUAUGUGUUUGUACAGCACCUAUUGCCAGUGCAAUAAUUGGAAUAAAAGUAAACAAAAGCAGAAAUGGCAGUACUCUUUGAUACAGAUUGCAAUGAUUGGGAAGGAGAAUCUAUUCUGAUAAAUGAACCACGUGAUUCAUGCUAGUCGGGCUAGGUGCCAGAGGGAGAAGAAUGGCAAGAGAUGAAUCAUCCAGCACUGUAGAGCUGAAUGGGUCCUAUCAUCUGGCUUAUUUGACUUUGAGAUAUUUUUAGGGGAUUGACUUUUUUUGACACAGACAACAAAAUGUUAUUUCACCUAAGAGUUUGCUGGAUCCCGCAGAAUCUCUUUUCAACUAGUGCUUCUCUGACAACAAUAAGUUUGCUGAGAAUAACUAAGAUUCUUUGAGUACCUGGUCAUCCAUGAUCACCGAGUGUCGUGUCCGGGGCCAUUCACACAGAGCUUUCUCCUUUUCAAGUUGGGGGCCUGUACUCAUAUUUACCUUUUUUUGGCUCAGCUUUUAGAAGAGUCAACUUUCAUUGUCUCAUAAACAUGGUAUCAGCAUCAGCAGAACUUACAUAUUCAUUUUUCUCUGUCUAGAGCAAGCAGCGCAAUAGAAUCAGUACGGUUUGUGGUCAUUCAAGUUCUCCAGUCUGGCUUAUUCAUGGAACAUGCUACUGAAUAUUUUCCGUAGCAUGUAGCUGUAUUAGAACCCAAUGAAAAUUUCAUAGCACAAAGAUGUUAAAAAAAAAAAAAAGGAAUAAAAGUAUGCCCUAACGUUAUUCAAGCCUGACAGACAUUAUUAUUAAAAUAAAUCUCUAUCCUGGUUGGACAAAACCCUCAGCUGGUGUUAAUUUGCAUGACUGCCGCUCUUUAAUGGAAAGAUAAAAAGUAUCCUUAGGAUUUUCCCUGUGUGUGUAAAGCACUGUGCAUACACCUGUAUACAAAGAGAAUUUACAGAAGCUAAAACUAGUUGUGGUAGUGUAGCUCUGCAUUUGGAAGUCAAAGAGUUGUAAGACAACACGGCACAAACAAAUUGUGUUUCCUCAUCUGACAUGAAUGCAGAUAAGUGAUUUAUACGCCUCACAUUUUGUUGUUUUAAGUCUUUGAACCAAUUCUGAAUAGCUCAACCCCAAAGCAGGUGCCAUGCAUGAAGACUGAGGCUGAUGGUCAUAACUAGACUUUCGGGGAUUCUGCAGAAAGCCUGCCCAGAAAGGUGACCUGUGCUGAAGGGUCAGUGCCAUAGGAAGUGUAAUGGUCCAGAGGUAUUUGUGCAGGGAUGUCUCUGAUCCUGCAGCUGCUUCUUUCCUUGCCUGUUUCAGUGCAGAGUGCAUCUGAUGUUUAUAAGUGUGCACAUCAGAGGUGGAAAUCUCACCUAUGCCAGUUCUUGGUUCAAAUUUCUGAGAUCCCUCUAGUGGUUUCCACUGGCCAAACUAAUUCCCCCUGUAACUCCACUAAUAUUGUGGGUCACAUGAAGGAGAGUUUGGGUACAAGGCAGGUACACUUUUACACCAGCAAGUGAAUAAUGAUGCAGUAACCUUGAUGUAAAAAUUGAGGAAUGUAGCUGGGUAGCAAAGGGAUCUUUAGAAAACACUUCAGCAACCAAAAAUUCCUGAAAUAUUCAAUUUCUGUCCAUUCCCUCCUGUAUCCCAGAAGUCAUUUAUUCUCCCUUUUGAGUUUGUCCUGGACAAGUGAUCUCAUUAUGGUCAUGCACUGCAAGCACACGCUGAGUGAGCUCCACUUCGCCUCUGGCACUACGUAACAUUUUUCACUUUGCUUUUUGGAGGUCAGUUGUAGGCUAUGUGUGUCUUCAACGCUCUGACUGACCUCACUUGCUUUUCUCAUAGCCAAGGCAGAUCCGUUAUUUCCCUGCCAGGUUCCUUUGCACCCAUGAUCUGUCAACAAGCUCUUCACAUGUUUCACUGGAAAUGCAGGCAGUGUUGUUGGCCCAUUUGCUGCUUUUGUACCCCACUCCCUCGGCAAUGUUGGUAGGCACCCUCACAGCAAAGUAUUAGGUCUGAAUGGCUGAAGUGAUUGCCCAGCUUGCUGGCAGUGCCUGGCUUCAUGAAGAGGAUUAAAAAAACCCCCACAACCUCCCAGUUUUGAAGGCGACAGAUGCUCUUUUAGGUCCUGAUGAAUCACUUUUCCCCUGAAGUUGUGUCUAUAUCAUGCUGGCUUGAUAGUCGCAAAGCUUUUUAAGAAGCCUGAUAAGGACAUGCUUAUGCAAUACAUCCUUAGGCUCUUCAUGCCUUGGAUGAGGUUUUCCCAGUUUGCAGAGAGUAUUAUUUGGCCCAGUCAGAGAGAGUGCAAUGUGAUCACCGCUAUGCUGAAGUCAGUGAUCGCUAACCACCUUACAUCAGGUCUGGAUUUAGCCCAGUUUUAAGUCUUGAAUUUCAGUGUCAGUGGUAUAAAUGUAAACAGAUAUGUAUUAUUUUUACAGUAGAGCUGAAACAUUGUUUCCAGUAAAUAAACAGUAGUAUGAUUGCAGUA